AUGAAAAACAAACGGACAGAUCCACUUUGCCCGAUUACUGGUAAAGUGAUCAAGGUACGUGGAAACGCCGUAACAGCCCGAUUUGAUGACGAAAACGUUUUUAAGGGAGACAAGUCAUAUUUCAAGAUUGUACGAGAGAGAUCAUGCUUCGAGAAACGAGAAAGAGAACGGAGAGAAGAAACAUUUGAAGACAACAUACUCAACCGGAGCAGAAUCGAUCAGUGUACACGAGACGUCGUGCCGGACCAGAUUAAACUUGCCAAAGUAGAUGAGUUGAGGAAUUCAUACAAGGGCAGCACUAAUGAUCGGAGACAACCGAUUUACAUGACGCGCCGAGGUCGUGAGGUUUAUCAGCCGGAUCGAUUCCCAAGUUGA